AUAACCCGCUAGAAGCCGUAGAGCGCGCGCCACUCGCUCCUGAACAAAAUAUCGACGCGUAAACCGACGACCACCCUGAUAACUCCCUCACAAAACUGUGCCAUAGUUUAUAGUGCAACCUCCUCAAUACUUACGUGAAUUUAUUUCAAAUCAACGCUCGUCGACACCCGUAGAACAGUGCACCACGUUAUCAGUUUAUCAGUGAACUGUACAACACACGUUUUUUCAUAUGUCAAAAGUAAGCAGAAGACGAUAGUGCGGGGGGCCGGGAUGCAGGCGGCGGCAGGGGCGGUCAUGCUCGCGGUCCGGGCAGGAUAGCCGGCGCUCGCAGCAUGUGGGUGCGGGCGGCGCGCGCGAUGCGGGCCCUGCGCCGGGCAGCGCUGCUGGUGCCCCUGGCACUCACGGCGCUGCUGUUGUUGCUGCUGCCGCGCCCGCCGGCCCUCGCACCCGCGCCACGGAGCCCCUCCCCCCCACCACCGCUAAGGGUUGACUUGCACAUUGAGAACGCUAUCACGGAAUCGGACUACGCAAUAGGUCAUGAAGACGAGACUACUAAGCUCCCGUGGUUCAUGCGUGGAGGUGAACAUCGUCCAAAGGAGUACGACCCUGAGGCUAAGCUGUUUCCUGAAGAUUCACCAGGGGACGACAGAGUCGUUAAUCAACUAAUGUAUACGCUACCAAAAGACGAAGAUGUGCCUAUAAAGAAAAUCUUGCUAGCAAACGGAUUAGGAGCGUGGGGAGUGUCAGGAGGUCGGACUGAGUUUAUCCGGAACAAGUGUCCUGUAGACCGCUGCACUCUGACUGCAGAUGCCCGAGAUGCCGCUUCGGCUGACGCUAUACUCUACAAAGAUCACCACACUCCGUUCAAUAUAAAACGUUCACCCAAACAGAUCUGGAUCCUGUACUACCUAGAAUGUCCGUACCACACGGCGUCACUGCGGCCGUCAUCAGUGGACGUGUUCAACUGGACAUCCACUUACCGCCGGGACUCAGACAUCGUGGCGCCCUACGAACACUGGGUCUACUACGAUCCCCUCAUCACCGAGAAAGAUCUUGAUAGGAACUUUGCUGCUAAUAAAACUAAAAAGGUGGCGUGGUUCGUAUCGAACUGUCACGCUCGCAAUCGACGGCUGCAGUACGCGAGGCAGCUCAGCAAGUACAUCCAGGUGGAUAUCUACGGCGCCUGCGGAGCGCAUCACUGCCCCCGCACCGACCCCAACUGCCUCGAGAUGCUCGACAAAGACUACAAGUUUUACCUCGCCUUCGAGAACUCCAACUGCCGUGAUUACGUCACUGAGAAGUUCUUCGUCAACGGAUUGCAACACAACGUACUGCCAAUAGUGAUGGGGGCCCGUGCGUCGGAGUACGCGGCCCUGGCCCCGCACAACUCAUACGUCCACGUUGAAGAGUUCGCCAGCCCCGAAGAGCUCGCCAUGUAUCUACGACGUCUUGAUGAAGACGAUAAUUUAUAUAAUUCUUACUUCAAGUGGAAGGGUACAGGAGAGUUCAUAAACACGUACUUCUUCUGCCGCGUGUGCGCGAUGGUGCACGCGAACGAGCGGCGCCAGCGCAGCGCGCACUACGACGACGUGCAGGCGUGGUGGCGCGACGGCGCCUGCACGCGCUCCGAGUGGCGCACCAUGCAGAAAGACACCCGCGACAACGGCUAGGGGCGCACACACACAUCGCGAUCACACUAAUUCUAGGUUUAUCGCUUCUAGCCCACCUCAUCCAAGAGGUUCGACGAAUCUUAACAAACAUCAGUCGCUGAACCCCGGCGCCAUGCAAUUUAGUCAAUAUUUGUAUCGUGUCGCGAAUCGAGUCGAAACUUGUAAUCUCGUCCAUAUUAGCAUAGUGUAUACCUACACGAUAAUGUUAGUAGUUCUGUUAUAUUUUUAUUAGAUUGCCGGUGUUCGGUGUACGAGUUUUCCCCAUAAUAUUUUUGUUAUAGUGAGGCGCGUAGAAAGCGCAUAAUAUAAUGAUUAAGGAAUAAAAUAUAAUUCGAUGUUGUUGGCGCCCAACGUGGGUCUGUGGAAAAUUGAUGUGAACGAGACCUGACCUCUACAAUCAGAAAUCAUGUGCAAUAAAAAAUCUUUGUCAAGCAUAAAACAUUCCAUUGUAUAUAGUAUUCAAUUACUUAACCUACCUACUUUUAAACUAUUUUAUUACAGUCUAUUAACGAAUUUUAUUAGGUUUAAGACAAUUUUGUUUUGUAUGUUAGCUGUUUUAUAAAUACUUUUGUAAAUUAUUUGAAUUUUGUAAAUAUUUUUACUUACUAAUACAUGAUUAGUAGGUAUUUUAUAUUUAAUGUUGAAACUAUCACACCACAAUGUGUAGUGAAACGGAUAAUAUCCAUGUUCUAUGUUUUAAGCAAAGUUAUAAGUUUUUGGACUAGACUUGAUUGAUGAAAUUUUUCUUUAUCGAUUUGAUCAUUAUUAUACAUGUUUUCAUGCUUGUUAAAAAGCUCAAACUAUAAGUCUAGUCAUGUUGCCAUUGUGACAGCACAAUACCAAAAAUAAUCUUUCAUGAUUUUUGCGCACAAUUUGCACAAUUCGUAAUGACGUUUUCAUAUUUUAUAAUUUAGAUUAUUGCACUUCUUAGAGAAGUUAAAUUUUUAUGAUGUCUUUUCAAUUUAUUAAAUUAUUGAAGGUACUUACCUAGUAUUCAUAUUUAAUUAUUAUUGAUUGAAUGGUCUGUAUGUUAUGACUUAUGAACUGUUGUUGUGUUGGUAAUAUUUAAAUGUUAUUUUUUUAGAAUGUAAAUCAAUCUUAAUUAAGAGAAGCCCAAUACAAACAAAAUGUCUGCAGUUAUAAUUUAAUGCUGGUCUCUGAAGAAAUAAAACAUUUAAGUAUUGUAUUACAAAAAAAUUAAAAACCUGGCUGUCAUUACAGAGACUGAAAAAUCUUGAUAAAUUUGUAGGUUUUAACAUCAAUUUUGAGGAAACCUGCAUUUAAAGCUUAUUUAAGUGUUCCUCUCCAUAAAUCCUUAAUGUAUCAGACUCAUUGUUGUUUCAUAGGAUAAUCCCACAAUCUCCUAAAAAUCUAGUUUUAAAAAUAAUCAAGUAUCAAUGUCUUUACUAACAAUUGAAUGUUAAAAAUGUUAAGAUCUCAAGAAAUGUUGACUCCAUGCAGUAUGAUAACAAUUGCCUACCUACUUUAUCGUUAACUGUGCAUUUAAAUAUCAUAGGUUAAAAAAAAACAGUUUAAAUAUGUUAUCUCCAUUAAAACAUUCCAUUUCUAUUGUUCACGUACUUUGUGUAACACAUUUUUAUGUUAUAUUUAUGUAGCAAAUAUUAUAUAGACCAGGGAUGGCGAACCAAUGGCACGUGUGCCCGUGGUGGCACGAAGCUAAAUAAUUCGGGCACGCCAUUAUUUCACAAUUGAAAUUAUAUAUGUAAAAAAUCCAUAAUGUGCGAGUAAAAAACAAGUCCUUUCUUCAUAAUCUUUUACCUUUUCAUGUUAACUAUUUGCCUACAGGCACGCCUCAAUAAUUAUCAUUGUGUUUUUUAUUUAAUUUGGCACGUAAGUCAAUGAAGGUUCGCCAUCCCUGAUAUAGACAAUUCAUUGUAUAGUAAAAAGGAAUGCUAUUAGAUAAACUAUCGAGAUAAAACAACAUAGUAAAUGAAUAGGAAAGGGCAAUUACUAUGACUGGAUCGAAUGAUUAUGUGUAUGAGACACCAAUAAAUUUAUAUUAAUGUUAUAUAUUUAUAUAUACAUAUAAUUGUUUAUCAGUGUAAAAUGAAAGUGCCAUUCGUGUUUAAAUUAAUGACAAACCUUUUAAUUGGACAUCUAACUCUGAAGGCCUUUCAGUAUGUUGUGAUUAAACAAAUACUAACUUAAUUAAAUGCUUAUUGCAGUACAAUUAAGCCACCAACAUGACACCUAGUGUUCAUUUCACCAAUGAAAAUAAAUAAAUGAUGAAUUCAA